UACGGUUAAUGUGUACAUUUUGAAUUAAAAAUAAAAUCCUCAUAAUAAAAACGCAAUAAUAAAAAACUAUAAUAAUUGGAACAAGUUAAAGGGUGAGUUUUGUAAUACAGUAUAUAUUAACUCUAGUAUAAAGUAAUUCUGUAGCAGCAUAUCCACUAAGACAGUUUUGAUUUUAAAUUCAGUGAUUUUAUGCUUUGUCCGUUUUAUCUAUCUCUUGUUUGAGCUUGUAAAACAUAGUGUGCUCCACAUUUAACUAAAAUAUACCAAACAACUGGGAACACACAUAAUAUCUAAACAAAACUCUUAGUCGUAUGCAUAUUGUCAUUAUUAAGCCGCUAACGACCAAAUUAAACAUAUAUUUAUCCGCAAGGCCAAAACGUAACACCUCUUUUUUAACGUCAAUCAUGAAAAGACGAUGGUUUCAGAGGAUGCUACCGGACCUGGCAACCCGCAGACGCAAUCUGUGUCAAUUGCCGGGCGACGUAGCGCGAAUAAAGGCCGUAGCCUAUUUCUGACUGUGGCUUAUUUUUAACGCGUGUCCGUGCCUUUGGCCCCGUUCGUCUACAUGGCGGGUUGAUUAUUUAUCCUCUCGUCUGCCUGUUGCUCGUUCCUUUGUUGCAGGUGUCGCGUCGUUUUUGCCGUGUUUUGUUGCGCCCUAAUGACAGGUGUUCAAGGUAAAGAGCCUUCGGGAUGACGCCUUUCUCCUCCGCUGUCGCUCGACGCGAAAAGAUGCGCUAGGGAGGCUUCGGUCUUUCACCUGAUAAUGAUUUUAUCUCGUUUAUUCAAUAGGCACCGAGGCGACGGGGAAGGGAAAGAAAGCGGCGCAGGUCCACGAUGAAGACGGUGUGUCUCCGUCAUUAUUAGUGGACAGUAAUUAAUCCUCCGGGGGGAAGUUAAUUGGCUAAGGGAGCAGUUUCUGUGAAUUCUGUGAUGUCCUAUUUCGGUUGGUGGUAGCGCACGGCUCGUCGUCAGAGUUCAGGGGUAGCUAACAGACAGAUUACAAGGCAGCGGAGCACAUCCGUCUGUGUGGCAGAUAAAGAUGGUGUUUCGGAGUGAGGAGAUGUGCUUGGCGCAAUUGUUCCUGCAGUCCGGCUCUGAAUAUGACUGCAUCAGUGAGCUCGGGGAGCUGGGGCUGGUCGAGUUUCGAGAUCUUAACCCGAGUGUCAGCUCAUUCCAGCGGCGCUUCGUCAGCGAAAUCAAGAGAUGCGAGGAGAUGGAGAGGAUUCUGGGGUACCUUCUGAGGGAAAUCCAAAAGGCUAAAAUAGCCGUUCCAGAGGAGGAUGAGGGUCCGCUCGCUCCUCCGCCCAGACAAGUUCUUGAGAUCAUGGAGCAGCUUCAGAGGCUGGAGAUGGAGCUCAGCGAGGUGGCGAAGAACAAAGAGAAGCUUCAGAGGAACCUGCUGGAGCUCACUGAAUACACGCACAUGCUGAAGAUCACGCGGACCUUCAUACACAGCCGCUCCAGACAUGAGGCUCUUGGUCCCCAGUAUGAAGAAUUCCCCACUAUGGAGACAGACUCGGUCACUGGAUGCACUGGUAUGCAGAGACUCGGAGCCAAGCUGGGGUUUGUUUCAGGUCUCAUCCAGCGUGUGAAGGUCGAGGCCUUUGAGCGCAUGCUGUGGAGGGUGUGUAAAGGUUACACCAUCCUCAGCUACGCCGAGGUGGACGAGAACCUGGCUGAUCUGGACACUGGUGAGAUAAGCAAAAGUGUUGUGUUUCUCAUCUCUUUCUGGGGAGACCAGAUUGGUCAGAAAGUGCAAAAAAUCUGCGAUUGCUACCACUGCCACCUUUAUCCCCACCCUGAGAACGACGAGGAGCGAGCAGACGUGUUGGACAGCUUAAGGACGCGAAUCCAAGACCUCAACAACGUGCUGCACCGCACUGAGGACUACCUGAGGCAGGUCCUGCAGAAGGCCUCGGAGUCGGCCUACUCCUGGGUCGUGCAGGUGAAGAAGAUGAAGGCCAUCUAUCACAUCCUCAACCUCUGCAGCUUCGACGUCACCAACAAGUGUCUGAUCGCGGAGGUGUGGUGUCCCGUCAGUGACCUGGCAAACUUGAGGGGGGCGUUAGAGGAAGGCUCGAGAAAAGGCGACGCCACCGUACCGUCCUUUGUCAACCGCAUCCCAAGCACCGACACUCCACCCACCUUGUUGAGAAGCAACAAGUUCACGACCGGUUUCCAGAGCAUCGUGGAGGCUUACGGGGUGGGGGACUAUCGCGAGGUAAGCCCAGCCCCCUACACCAUCAUCACGUUCCCCUUUCUGUUUGCUGUGAUGUUCGGCGACCUCGGGCAUGGGAUGGUAAUGAGCCUCUUUGCCUUGUGGAUGGUGCUGACGGAGAAGAAGCAGAGGAAGAAACGAUCCAGUAAUGAGAUAUGGGUGACUUUUUUCCACGGCCGUUACAUCAUCCUGAUGAUGGGGCUCUUCUCCGUCUACACCGGACUCAUUUACAACGACUGUUUCUCCAAGUCUUUCAAUAUAUUUGGCUCUGGCUGGAGCGUCAAGGCUAUGUUCACAACUCAGCAGUGGACAAACAAAACACUCCAAACAAACGCUUUGCUCACGUUAGACCCUAAUGUCAGUGGUGUUUUCAAUGGGCCGUACCCGUUUGGCAUCGAUCCUAUAUGGAACAUGGCAGUGAACCGACUGUCCUUCCUCAACUCUUACAAGAUGAAGAUGUCAGUCGUCAUCGGGGUCAUCCACAUGAGCUUUGGAGUGGUGCUGAGUGUCUUCAACCACUUACACUUCCGACAAAAAUUUAAUGUCUACCUGCUAUUUCUUCCUGAGCUGCUCUUCCUGCUCUGUCUCUUUGGCUACCUGGUGUUCAUGAUUUUGUACAAGUGGUUGGCGUUCGGUGCGCGCGACUCCAGCCACGCUCCCAGCAUCCUCAUCCACUUCAUCAACAUGUUUGUCAUGCAAGGGAAGGACAUGACGCCUCUCUACCCGGGACAGCUGGGGCUGCAGAUUUUCCUGGUUGUGGUGGCCCUGAUGUCGGUCCCUGUGCUGCUGUUGGGAAAACCUCUGUACUUGUAUUGGCUGUACCGUGGAGGCAAAGGCCUGCGCAGACGCAGAGGUUAUGAGAGGGUGAGGCGUGUGAGCGAGGACGACAAUUCCACGGCGCCGUCCUAUGAAGAGGAUGAAGAGGAGGGGCUUGAUGAACUGACCAACAAGGAAGCUCUUCCCAAAGAGUUCGACUUUGCCGACGUGCUGCUGCACCAGUCCAUUCACACCAUAGAGUACUGCCUCGGCUGCAUUUCCAACACCGCGUCCUACCUGCGUCUCUGGGCGCUCAGCUUGGCCCACGCCCAGCUGUCAGAGGUGCUGUGGGCCAUGGUGAUGCGCCUGGGAUUCAAGAUCACCACUAAAGUCGGAGUCGUGUUCCUGGUGCCCGUGUUCGGCCUCUUCGCCACGCUCACCGUGUCCAUCCUGUUAGUCAUGGAAGGCUUGUCGGCGUUUCUCCACGCUCUACGACUUCACUGGGUGGAGUUUCAGAACAAAUUCUACCACGGGACCGGCGUCAAGUUUGUGCCCUUCGACUUCUCCCUGCUGCCCUCCGUUUUUGAGCAAGACGGGUUGCUUUAGAAACCGCUGAACACGACGGGAGCCAGACUUUAUAGCCGGGAAGGGUGCUGGAAGCUGGAACAAUUCACACUGUGACGACGACGACAAACCUUCAAGACAAUGAAUCGAAAGUCAUUCUUGUAGCAACCUUUUUCACCAUGACGGUUUUUAAAUGUUAUCGGCCGUGCUGACUGCCUUACUACUUGUACCCAGCAAACCUCUGAGAGAGGUUCAAAAUUAUUGUUCUGUUGAUUAUUUCAUUUUGUAGGCAAGAUGUUGCUCAGCACUAUUUGUCAAAUCAGCUGGGUGGAUUUAAAUCUUUUAUUUGCAUUGUGCUGUGCAAACUGGAUUUGUAUUACUUACGACAUGGUAUUUAAACAGUUAUACAGUGCAAUGUAAAGUUCGAAAACCACAACAUCUCUCAAAACCAUAUCAAGCACCUCGAUUUAGUGCCAUAGAGAUUCAUUUCUGAUGACGGCGACAUUGGUAUGCCUUUUUAAAUCUGGUGGGAGAAAAGCUGAAGGCAUCAAAAAAUCUAAAAGACAGGUUCAAACGUUGCAACACUUUCUUGGGAGGCAUAUUGUCACAAAGCACUUUGCAGAAAUGAUUGUACAAUUUAAAGAUUUCACUAAUGACUGUGAUGAUGCCAAAUGAAAAUAAUCAACUGUUUGCUGUUUGCUUAUUUACUCCUUAUUAAUGCAUUUAUUUAAAGGUAACUUCCCCUGUAAUCGGUAGGAAAAUGGCAAACGCUCCAGAAGAAGUCAAGAAGCCUUAGGUCUUUCUUUGAUUAUACUGCUUAUUGCAUUUGUUACUGAUAAUUAAUCAUGGUAUUUAUUUAAAUUAUUGUCUGUACAAGAGUCGAAUAUUUUACCAUUUUGAUGUGUUCAAUAAAGGUUUCGAGCAAUGCAAGCAUACAAAA